GGGGGAAAUAAAAAUUGUCGAAGAACACUCGCAGCAUCUCAUGUAGAACUGCCUCUGCAUGCUGACAACAAUGAAAACUGGCUACGUUAUCUUAGUGAUGAGCGCCGUACUACUGGGCACAUCUUGGGGGAAUUAUGGAGAUGUACCACCUAAACCACCCUGCAGACCUGGAUUUUCAGAAAGUUUUUACACAGUAUUUGUUUCAAGGGAUAUACUGCAAGGUCAGAGCAUUCUCAAAGAUACCAUGGUAUCACCGGGACGUGUGAAGUUUGACAGCUGCCAGGAGAAGGAGACGGUGGGGUUUGAGAGCAGUGAUCCCAGCUUUAGUGUGCGGACGGAUGGCUCCAUCUACACAGAGCAGGAGGUGUCCAGCCUGGCAGAGCCGGUCCAGUUCAUGGUGACCGCCUGGGGCGUCCCUGGCUCACGCGUCUGGGAGACCACCGUCAAGCUGGCCUUGGCGGGAGGGACGGUGCCUCCCCCCACAGAAAAUUAAUUAGUGAUGAAUUGCAAGGAAUCCUCCGGCAGGAAAUGGAAGCUGGCUGCUGCCGAAGCGCAGCCUAGUGUAAUCCUGUUUCCUGCUGACCGAGGGAUGAGAUCUGCCGGGCUUAGGCGACAGAGACGAGACUGGGUCAUCCCACCAAUCAAUGUUCCGGAGAAUUCUCGAGGGCCUUUCCCCCAGAUGCUCGUCAGCAUCCGUUCUGAUCAAGACCGGGAGAUUCAGAUUCGCUACAGCAUCACUGGCGUGGGGGCUGACCAGCCCCCCAACGAGGUUUUCAGGAUAGACCCGGUGGCGGGAAAGAUGUUCGUCACCAAGCCUCUGGACAGAGAAGAGAGGUCAUCCUACCAUCUCAGAGCCCACGCUGUGGACAUGAAUGGGAAUAAGGUGGAGAACCCCAUUGACCUGUACAUCUACGUGAUCGACAUGAAUGACAACAGGCCCGAGUUUAAAAACCAGGUCUACAACGGAUCUGUGGACGAGGGCUCCAAGCCAGGCUCCUAUGUGAUGAAAGUGACAGCUCACGAUGCUGAUGAUGACACCACGGCCAAUGGGAUGGUGCGCUACCGAAUUCUGUCCCAGACCCCACUGAGCCCCAUCCCCAACAUGUUCACCAUAAACAGCGAGACGGGCGACAUCGUCACUGUGGCCGCUGGGCUCGACCGUGAGAAAGUGUCCCAAUACACCAUCAUCAUCCAGGCUACUGACAUGGAGGGCAAUCUGAACUUUGGACUGUCAAACACGGCCACUGCCAUCAUCUCUGUGACAGACGUCAACGACAACCCUCCGGAGAUGACCGUCAAGACGUUUUCAGGAGAGGUUCCAGAAAACAGGAUAAAUGUUGUGGUGGCCAACAUGACCGUGAUCGACAAGGAUCAGCCCCACACCCCGAACUGGAACGCAGUGUACAGGAUCGUGAGUGGAGACCCCUCUGGCCACUUCAUCGUUCACACGGACCCUAUCACCAAUGACGGCAUGGUCACUGUGGUAAAGCCUGUGGACUACGAGCUGAACCGGGCCUUCAUGCUGACUGUGGUGGUGUCCAACCAGGCCCACCUGGCCGACGGCAUCGAGUCCUCCCCUCUGUCCACCGCCGGGGUCACCAUCUCCGUGAUGGAUGUCAACGAGCCACCCAUCUUCCACUCCAACCCCAAGUCCAUCCGCUUCGAGGAGGGCGUCCCCCCCGGGACCACACUGGGCAUCUUUACCGCCAACGACCCCGACCGCUUCAUGCAGCAGGUCAUCAGGUACUCCAAGCUGGCUGAUCCAGCUGACUGGCUUAGCAUCAAUACCAGCAAUGGACAGAUUGUCACUAGAGCUGUUCUAGACCGGGAGUCCAUCUACGUGAAGAAUAACAUCUAUGAGGCCACCUUCCUAGCUUCAGACAAUGGCUCUCCCCCCGCCAGCGGAACCGGCACCCUGCAGAUCUAUCUGAUCGACGUCAACGACAACGCCCCUGUGCUGCUGCCCAAGGAGGCGCAGGUCUGCGAGCGGAUCAACACCAACUACAUCAACAUCACGGCGGCCGACGCCGACGUGGACCCCAACGUGGGGCCGUUCAUCUUCGAGCUGCCCUCCUUCCCCCCCAGCGUUCGCCGCAACUGGACCAUCUCCCGCCUGAACGGUGACUACGCCCAGCUAGGCUUGCGGAUCCAGUACCUGGAGUCUGGAGUGUAUGAUGUGCCCGUGAUUGUGUCGGAUUCGGGGAACCCUCCGCUGUCCAACAGGUCCAUAAUCAAGGUGAAGGUUUGCCACUGCGAUGAGAACAGGGAGUGCACCACCAUCGGAGCUGUGGCAGCUGUGGGCCUGGGGACCGGGACCAUUAUCGCCAUUCUCAUCUGUAUUAUCAUACUGCUGACUAUGGUCCUCCUCUUUGUGGUGUGGAUGAAGCGCAGGGAGAAGGAGCGUCAGACCAAACAGCUGCUGAUCGACCCAGAGGAUGACGUCAGAGACAACAUACUGAAGUACGAUGAAGAGGGAGGAGGGGAGGAGGACCAGGACUAUGAUCUGAGUCAGUUGCAGCAGCCCGAAUCUCUGGAUCACAUCAUCAGCAAGCCCCCGGGGGUUCGGAGGGUAGACGAGAGGCCUGUGGUCCCUGAGUCCCAGUACCCCAUUCGGCCAGUCGUGCCUCACCCCGGAGACAUUGGGGACUUCAUCAAUGAGGGCCUGAGGGCAGCAGACAACGACCCCACAGCACCGCCCUACGACUCGCUGCUGGUGUUCGACUACGAGGGCAGCGGCUCCACCGCCGGCUCCGUCAGCUCCCUCAACUCGUCCAGCACCGGCGACCAAGACUACGACUAUCUCAAUGACUGGGGGCCUCGCUUCAAGAAGCUGGCCGAUAUGUACGGGGGAGGGGACGACGACUAG